AUGACUGUCGCAAACUUCAUCCACAUCGACCCCGCAUCCUACACAGGAAAGCCCUGGUCCAAGGUCGACGGUCCCGGCCAAAACUUUGAGCGCAAGAGCCAUUCUCGAGAGGUCCACAAUCUGCGCGCCAGGGAACAUGAAUUUACCACAGACAACUCUGGCUUUGCCGUUUACACCUACCCUGCUAAGGAGAAGCUUUUUACCGACGAUGCCGUUGUGAGACACAGCUACUAUCAGGAAGUCGAGAAUCUUCUCCGCAGCAAGAUUCCCGGCAUCAAGAAAGUCCAUAUCUUUGACCACACCAUCCGCCGCAGAGUCAAGGGCUCCGCCCGCCAGCCCGUGCAACAGGUUCACGUCGAUCAGACCCCGGCCGCUGCCGAAGCCCGUGUCCGCCGGCACAUUCCUCAGCAAGAGGCCGAUGAACUUGUAAAAGGCCGUUACCAAAUUAUAAAUGUCUGGAGACCAAUUGAAAAUCCUGCGUCCGACCACCCUCUUGCUGUCAUCGACUGGCGGACCACUGCCCCUUCGGACUUUAUUGCCACUGAUCUGUUGUAUCCGCGACGAGAUUCGCAGGAUGCGGACGACGACGACCGUGGCAAGGAGGUUCUGCCAGAUCCGAGCAAGUACAACUCAACCGAGGGCUAUGAGGUCAAGGGCGAAACGAUGGGCGUGGCGCCGAACGACAACCACCGAUUCUACUACCAGAAGGAUAUGACACCAGAUGAAGUAUUACUCCUUAAGUGCUUCGAUUCAUAUGGUGAGGGCAUGCCGAACGGAAUACAAGGCAUUGCUGUUCGAACGCCACACACAGCGUUUGAUGACCCACAGACCCCCGAGCACGCACCAGGCAGGCAAAGUAUCGAAGUGAGGUGCUUGGUAUUUUACCAGUAG